AUGAAGGCCCUUGUCUACCAAGGCCCCGGAAAGGCCACCGUCGUUUCGGACCGACCAGUCCCCAAGGUCCGCGACCACUACAUCCUCGUCAAAGUCAAGGCUAUCGCCCUGAACCCGACGGACUGGAAGCAUGUCUACCGUGGCCUUCCCAAAGAAGGCUCCCUGAUUGGCGUGGACUAUGCGGGCAUUGUCGAAGAGGUCGGCCCCAACGUCACCAAAGACUUCAAGAAAGGCGACCGCGUGGCCGGGUUCGUGCACGGCGGCAACUACAACAAUCCUGAGGAUGGUGCCUUUGCCGAGUACAUCGUCGCCAAGGAGCAUAUGUCGAUCAAGAUUCCGGACCAUCUCAGCUUCGAGGAGGCUGCCACCUUAGGCUGCGGGAUUAGCACCGUCGGCCAGGGCUUGUAUGAGAAGGACUACGGCCUGGGCCUUGCGCUGCCAUCGCAGCCGCUGCAGCAGCCGGAGACUAUUCUGAUCUACGGUGGCAGUUCGGCAACAGGGACCUUGGGGAUUCAAUUCGCCAAAGCGUCUGGCUACACCGUUAUAACCACCUGCUCGCCCAAGAACUUUGAUCUUGUCAAGAGGCUGGGCGCAACCGAAGCCUUCGACUACCACGACCCCGAGUGCGGGAAGAAGAUCAACGAGUACACCCAAAACAAACUCAAAUACGUCUGGGACUGCAUCAGCACCGACGACUCAGUCAAGAUCUGCGCUGAAGCCCUCACUUCCGGCCCCGGCGCGCAUUACGGCACCAUCCUCUCCCCAGAAUUCCCCCGCAAGGACGUCAAGUAUACGGUUACGCUGGCCUACACCGGCAUCGGCGAGGACUUUGACAAGUUCGGUGCCAAGUUCGCGAACAACCAGGCGCAUGCCGAGUUCCAGGCGAAAUGGUGGGCAGAGGAGGCGCAGCCUCUACUCGCGAAUGGUACCAUCAAGGUGCACCCGGUCAGCUUGCGAAAGAACGGGCUCGCGGGUGCGAUCGAGGGGAUGCAGGAGAUGAAGGAGGAGAAACACAGCGGUGUGAAGCUGUGGAAUGCAUAUGGUCUUGCAGCUAGGGACCCCAUCCCUUCUUUAGGUAGGCAUAUCGCAAGCUAG